AUGGCCCGUAGUGCAGUGGCUACGAGUUAUCAGCCGAUCACUGAGAGCACUGGUGAAGAACCCUCUCAACUUGGACCACGGCAUGAAAUCCAGCAGUUCACCAUUGACACACCAUCCCCUCAUAUUGGAAUACCUGCAUCGAAGUCCACAUUCGACCUGAAGGAUACAUUAUCCGUGGUCACAGCUCUACUCUGUUUAAUUGCAGGAGUCAUUAUCAUUGACCCAAGACUCCCGUACGCUGCCGAUUUAGGCUUCACAAACCAGAUCAUAGCCAUUGGUUUCAUCCUGGGGGUCAUGAACCAGUGCCUUCAGCGCAUUCUUCCGUUCUUAUUCUUACUGGUCGAGGCACGCUAUGGUCAAUCUACACUGCAAAAUUUUGAAGGGAUUCUCCGAUGGUCGCCAUUCACCGAUCGCCUCGGUUAUAUCUGGAGGACAUGUCUCAUAUUAUUACUUGUACUGCCGCUUGCUUUGAGUAUUCUAUACAAGCAAUACCUUGGUGGAGUGGCAACAAAGACACUUCCAUCUAUGGAAAGAGCGUUCUAUACACCCACAGGCCCGCCUGGUAUGAGGGAUAUGAGUGCGGUAUUGAUUAUGGCCAAUGCCACUCAACCUUUCCUAACAGUAGCGAAGAACGACAGAAAUUAUCCAGAAAACGGGUUUGCGCAACCACAGCCUUUUGGAUUCAAUACAAUCAUUCUCUCGAAUACAUCAGCAGUGGCGAUUGAUGGACCUGUUACUGCUCGCCUGUUGGAGCUUCAACAGGAGCUUGAAGACCAAGAAUCUAUUCAGCUGACAGCAACGGUGCGCGGCACUGUCGUAACCUAUGAUCCUACUCUCGAUAAUCAACGAAACGACUCGGAUUACUGGGCGCCAUAUGAGGAUUUGUCUUUACUUGAAGCAGCAAAUUACGCACCUGGUAAUGUGAAGGAUGGCCCUUAUGGCUUCAAUCUCGGCAUUCGCUACAAAGGUUUAUCCGCGGGAGAUGGUCCAGAACAGUGGAAUAACUCAUGGCUCUUUGUCGGCACGUGGGGUCCCCAUGGGGGAAACACAUCAGAUGAGGAGUCAUGGAAACAGGCAGCUAUGCGAUUUGAUCUUGCAAGGCACAACUGCACAGUUUCCUGGUUCAUCACAAAAGGGUCGGUUGAUCUACAGGACGGUACUGUGACACUCGACCACUUCCACUGA